UAGAUGGGAUACAGCUUUUGUCAAAUUUGACUUUUCGUAGCAGGUUAGGAGAAUUUACACAGCAUGUUAGGAUAAUUAACGUAGCACGCUAGGAGAAUUAGGUUACGAUUUGUUAAAAGGUCCGAGUUAGCUAAAAUGCCAAAAUAAAUACACUUUUGACAAAAGCUGUAGCCUUUCUAGCCAUGACCACUUACUGGGUGAAAGGUGAUGAGAAGCGCUGCAUACACCACGAGAGGAGGAACAACACAAACUACCGCAAGCGGUCUAGAAAAUAGCCGCAACACUUUUUUAUUUUGAAUGGACGAGCGAAAACAACUUUUCACAUAUCGGAAUUUGCAGAAUAUCGCAAAAUACUAAGGUGACAACAUGGCUAACCAGGUGUCAGAGUUCCCCACUGAGCGGACGUUCCAGUACCAGCAUAGCCUGCCUCCUCUCCCUGUACCGUCUCUAGAGGGGAGCCUUGCCAACUACCUGGAUGCAGUGCUGCCGUUUGCUACAGAGGAGGAGUACCAGGUGACUGCGGCCAUAGUGAAGAGGUUUGGAGAGGGCAUCGGCAACGACCUGCACCAAAAACUACUGCAGAGAGCCAGGACACGCAGGAACUGGUUGGAGGAGUGGUGGUUGGAUGCAGCCUAUCUGGAAAUGCGUUACCCCUCCCAGUUGAAUGUGAACUUCGGAGGUCCUGCACCCUACCUAGAGCACUGCUGGCCCCCUACAGAGGGAGUACAGCUACAGAGGACCAGCAUUAGCAUGUGGCACACUCUACAGUACUGGGACCUGCUUCGCAUGGAGAGGCUGGACCCUCAUAAAGCUGGUAAUGUGGUGUUGGAUAUGGACCAGUUCAGAAUGCUGUUCUGUACAUGUAAAGUUCCUGGAGUCACCAAGGAUACCAUCAUCAACUACUUUAAGACAGAGAGCGAGGGUCCAUGCCCCUCCCAUGUGGUGGUGAUGUGUAAGGGGCGUUUCUUCUCGUUUGAUGCAGUGUGUGACGGACACAUUCUUACCCCUCCAGAGCUGCUCAGGCAGCUGACCCAUGUGAAGCAGUGUUGUGAGGAGGAGCCAGCGGGAGAUGGUGUCGCCGCUCUCACCUCAGAGGAGAGGACACGCUGGGCUAAGGCCAGGGAGUAUCUGAUAGGUAUAGAUCCAGCCAAUAAGACCAUCUUAGAGACCAUCCAGAGCAGUCUGUUUGUGAUCUCACUGGACGAUGCUAAACCCUACGCUACUGCAGAGAACUACACACCGGUGACCCGGGAAGCGCUGACAGGAGACCCCACCAUCCGCUGGGGAGACAAGUCCUACAACUCCAUCUCCUUCGCUGACGGAACCUUCGGAUCCAAUUGUGACCAUGCCCCCUACGAUGCCAUGGUGCUGGUAACUCACUGUUACUAUGUGGAUCAGCAGCUCAAAGCUACAGACGGCAAGUGGAAGGGCUCUGAGACAGUGCGGCCUAUGCCUCUUCCUGAAGAGUUGGUCUUCACUGUGGAUGACAGAGUCAGGAGUGACGUUGCACAUGCCAAGCAACAGUACUUUGAGACUACUCAGGACUUGCAGGUGGUGUGUUAUGCGUUCACCUCGUUUGGGAAAGCAGCCAUCAAACAGAGGAAGCUCCACCCAGACACCUUCAUACAACUGGCCCUUCAACUGGCUUAUUACAGACAGCAUGGGAGGUUAGGUAGUUGCUAUGAGACAGCGAUGACCAGAAGGUUCUACCACGGCAGGACUGAGACCAUGAGGCCCUGUACCCUGGAGGCACAGAACUGGUGCCAUACCAUGCUCCUCCCUGCAGCCAGCGCUGAGGCUAAGAGGAAAGCCCUGCUGCUGGCCUUCAACAAGCACAACAAACUGAUGGCUGAGGCACAGAACGGAAAAGGUUUUGACAGACAUCUCCUGGGCCUGUACCUGAUCGCCAAGGAGGAGGGACUUCCUAUGCCAGACCUUUUCACUGAUCCACUGUAUUCCAAGAGUGGCGGGGGCGGUAACUUUACCCUGUCCACCAGUCUGGUUGGCUACACCACAGUCCUGGGAGCGGUUGCUCCCAUGGUGCACCAUGGCUACGGGUUCUUCUACCGCAUCGGAGACGACAGGAUCGUGGCUUCCUGUACGGCGUGGAAGUCCAGUCCAGAGACAGAUGCAGAGACACUGUUCCAGAACCUGGUUACCUCCCUACAUGAGAUGCUACAUCUCGCUACCACAGCUCAGCUCUAACACACACACACACACACACACACACACACACACACACACACACAGUUUGUAGAUGGUAGUCAAUAAUAGUUUAGUUCUGCACAGAUCAAUGCAAAGGCACAUUUAUUGUUUUCUACAUAAUAAAAAAGAAAAAUGUAUUAUUUGUUUAAAUGCAGCUCAACAAAUGAGUUUAUUUUGCACUUAGUGAAUCAUUCUCUGUGAUUUUAUGUAGCAGCUAGAUCGGGGAUUCCCUGUUUUCAAAAUGUAUAGAUUGAAUUUCCUACCACGAUUCUGUUUAGAUUUAGUCUGUUGUUUUUAUGUUGUGAGAAGCAUUUAGUGUUAACCCAUGCCAUGCACUGUACACCGCUAAGCUAACAUACACAUCCUAACUCGCCGUCACCAUAACACUUCCAGCAUCGUGUCACCUGUCCCUGGUCAUUAGGGAUUCAUGAAUAGUAUUCUUUUUCUAUAUUGGUUGGCUUUUCCAGAAGAGUGACUGAGGCAUAGAUGUUCUUGGUUGGUUGAAAUGACUCUUUUACAACGUAACUGUCGUCGUAGCUGUGAAAUUGAGAAACAGAGAGAAAUGGGUCAUGUUGUCUUUGACUACUGUAUCACCUCAAGCCUCAUGGGUAUUAUAUAAGGGCCCUACUCAAUCAAAACUGGUUUCCAGUUUCCAGGGCAAGAAAAAUGAUUGUUUUUAUGUUUUGCACAUCAGUAGAGGAUUAUGCAUUUGGCUGGAUAUGAUCAAUGAAACGGUGUUUGGUUGAGACGGAAAGAAACCCAAGUAAAUUAUAAUGUGCCUUUUUGCUGUGUCCUUAUUUUAGUCUGUCCCCAGAGAUCUGGUUAGUGGUUUUGAUUGAAUAGCUCCCUAAUUGACCUGACUUUUUAGACUUCAAAAGCUGCUGAAUAGCUCUACCACUCCUAUGCCAGAUCCAUAGGCUGCCACCCUAUGCAAUAUGCCAUUUUAUGUAGUAGAUGUCUGUAAUAAUGAACAUUUCUGUCACAAUUUACCCAUGAUACAUCACGGUUUUGAUGCUCUCGAACACGGCCAUUGUGUUAAUACCUUUCAUACAGUCUUGAGAUUUUCAGCAUGUUUUUUUGUUGUAAAUGAUAGAAAAGUGAUAAAAGACGAGCGCUGCAUUUGAUUCAAUCAACAAAAUGAAAAGAAGCUGUUUUAAUGCCUAAAGUAGUGAAAAUGAUGUAACCCACUUUACAGUAGGAAAAUUAUAGUGUUGACUUACUGACAAUGUAAACUUGGAAAAUGUUUAAUUGAAUAUGAAAGUUGUUUAGUGUGAUUGAACUGACAAAUCAAAGUGAAUGAAUCAUGUCAUGAGCCCAAAUAUUCAAAUAAAACAUCUUUAUUAAUGA